AGAGACUCAUUUAUAAACUCAUAACCGCUCACGUUUCACUCGUCUCGAUCGCCUUUCACUGUCUCAAAUUUAGGCUCUCUCUGUGCAUUUUGUGCUGAGCGUGUUGUGUCUCUCUGCAAAUUUCUUAUAUCUUUCCUUGCAACCUUUAUUCCUUCGCUGUUUUCACAUCGUUCAUGGCAAUGGCGGAUGGUUAUUGGAGGUACGGAGACGCUAACCAGACUUGUAUGCUUUCCUUAACUGGAAAGCGUUCUCGCUUCGACUAUGUUGCAAAGUUCCCUGGCACUGGAAGUAAUGAAGAUGUAAGAGGUGUACCCCAUGUUGCAAGAGAUGCUGUAACCAUUGAAGCAUCCUAUAAUCGUUACCUGUGCCAAACGUACGGUGAGAAUUAUUUCCAGCAAAUGUCAUCUUAUGGUGUUGGAGAAUCAAGUAGAACAAUGAUUGGGGGAAUGACCAGUCAUUAUGUCAAAAGUUGGAACAUGGAUUUUGUUGGUGAAAAACCUGAGAUGCUUGUCCCCCCAGAUGCUUCAAACAGUCUUUAUGUGGAGGGUUUGCCUGCAGACUGUACACGCAGGGAAGCUUCCCAUAUUUUUCAUCCUUUCGUAGGGUUUAAAGAUGUAAGACUCGUAAUAAGGCAAUCUAAAUUUAGAUAUAGUGCAAAAGAGCCGUAUGCGCUCUGCUUUGUUGAUUUUGAAACUCCUGCACAGGCUAUGACUGCAUUACAUGCCUUGCAAGGAUAUAAAUUUGAUAGGCAUGAUGAGAAUUCUGCUGAACUAAAGUUACAAUUUGCUCGUCAUCCACGUUUAAAGUUAGGCGGUGGGCCUCGUGGUUGGCGUUGAUUGGUUUUUCAAUGUUUGAUUAUGUUUGGCUUAUUAACUUUGUUAGACAUUAAUUUUUACGUGUUCUGGUGGUAUCUUUAUUUACAUGGAUGAUAGUAUAUUAGAAUACAGUAGAUUGGGAGAAGAUCAUUUUAUUUUUUGUUGCUUUUUUGCUGGAUAAACAUAUCCCUGUUGCUAGAUGUGGAUUUAUUUCUUACUAGACUAAUUACAUAUUUGCAAGCA